UGAUGCAAAUGGAAUGAAUAAAUCAAGGAUUCCAUCCCGAAGCUGUCACCUUGUUUAUAAUUGUGAAUAAUGAGAUGACAGCAGAAAUAUGUCUUUGUGGCGUCCUCGAUUUUGUCCCUCAAACAUUCACUCUCGAAUCUUAGCAAAGCUUUCCUUGCAUACUUCGUCAAACUCUUAAUCCUAUCAAUAUGCAAAGUAAAAGGCACCCAACAAAAGAAAAAAAGAAUUCCUCUACGACUACGAUCUAACUACUUCCAAUCCAACCACCUAAUUAUGUCUCUUUUCUUUCUCCAAACUCAUCUCUCUUCAUCCUCAUCAUCAUGAAUUUCAUUCUCUGCGUGUUUCUUGCAGCAGCAUUGCCUCUGCACUUUCCGUUAACAUCUCCUGUUAGUUCCUUUCACUUCAAUGAAUAUUACCCUGGAGAACGAGAUGCGUUAUUGCAGCUGAGGAAUUCCAUGACUUCCUCUUUCAAUUUGCAUAGUAAUUGGACCGGACCUCCUUGUAUUGGAAAUUUAAGCAGAUGGUUUGGGGUUGUUUGUUCCGAUUGGCACGUCACGCACCUUGUCCUUGAAGGGAUCCAGCUCUCGGGUUCUCUCCCCCCUGCAUUCUUAUGCCACAUUACUUUUCUGACCACACUCAGCUUUACAAACAAUUCUAUCUUUGGACCUCUUCCUAAUCUCACCAGUCUUGCUCACUUGCAAUCUGUUUUGCUUUCAUACAAUCGAUUCGCGGGUUCAAUCCCUUCCGACUACAUCGAAUUGCCAAGUCUUCAACAGCUAGAGCUUCAACAAAACUAUUUGCAGGGUCAAAUUCCGCCUUUCAAUCAGUCUACAUUGAUAGAUUUCAAUGUUUCUUACAAUUACCUCCAAGGUUCAAUUCCUGAAACAGAUGUUCUUCGAAGGUUCCCAGAGACUUCCUUCAGUAACUUGGAUGUUUGUGGCUUUCCAUUAAAACUCUGCCCAGUUCCACCUCCUCCACCCGCCAUUUUGCCACCGCCGCCUAUAAUUCCACCCAAGGACAGGAAAAAGAAACUUCCAAUUUGGAGCAUUGUAUCAAUUGCGGUGGCAGCUGCCUUGAUUACCUUCCUGCUUGCCUUUAUUUGCUUUUGCUGCUACAAGCAGGCGCACAAAAAAGAAACAGCAAAAGAACCAGAAGCAGGAACAGGGGCUACUAGUUCUGCAGGGUGGACAGACAAGAAAUUAACACUUUCCCAAAGGACAGAGGACCCUGAAAGAAGAGUGGAGUUGGAAUUUUUUGACAGGAAUAUACCUGUCUUUGACUUGGAUGAUUUGCUAAGGUCAUCGGCAGAAGUGUUAGGGAAGGGGAAACUUGGCACUACCUACAAAUCAAACCUGGAAUCCAAUGCUGUCGUUGCUGUUAAAAGAGUCAAGAAUAUGAAUUGCUUGAGCAAGAAAGAAUUUAUCCAGCAGAUGCAGCUGCUGGGAAAACUAAGGCAUGAAAACCUGGUGCACAUCAUCUCUUUUUACUACUCCAAAGAGGAAAAGCUGGUUAUCUAUGAAUACGUACCAAAUGGCAAUUUGUUUGAGCUGUUGCAUGAUAAUAGAGGUGUGGGAAGAGUACCACUGAAUUGGGCUGCAAGACUGUCUGUAGUAAAAGAUGUAGCAAGGGGUCUUGCUUUCCUUCACCGAUCCUUGCCUUCUCACAAGGUGCCUCAUGCCAACCUCAAAUCAUCUAACGUACUAAUCCAUCAAAAUGGACCGCAAAGCUACCGUUCCAAGCUCACAAACUAUGGCUUCUUGCCGCUUCUGCCUUCAAAGAAGUAUUCCCAGAGGCUAGCAAUUGGACGAUCACCUGAAUUCUCUUCAGGGAAGAAGCUGACACACAAAGCCGAUGUAUACUGCUUUGGCAUUAUCCUACUAGAAGUCAUAACAGGAAGGAUUCCAAGCGAGGUUUCUCCAGGAAAUGAUGAAAGGGAAGAUGAUCUUUCUGACUGGGUUAAAACAGCAGUUAACAAUGAUUGGUCUACAGAUAUAUUAGACGUAGAAAUAAUGGCAACAAGAGAAGGCCAUGAUGAUAUGUUGAAGCUUACAGAAAUAGCUCUGGAGUGCACAGAUGUUGCGCCUGAGAAGCGCCCAAAAAUGACCGAAGUAUUGAGAAGGAUAGAAGAGAUCGAGUUCAAUAGCAGGGCCAAAAGUUAAUAUUAAUUGGCCUUUUUAACUUCAGGUCAUCAAUAUGUUCAUAAUUAUAUAUGUUAAGCAAAAUUAGAGCUCA